AUGCCUCCCCAGAACCAACCCCCUGAAGUCCCUACGCAGGCUCCUGCACCCUCCCCUCCUCCCUCUUCCAGCCAUCCCCCUCCUCCUUCCGACCUGCGAUUCCAGCACCUCCCCAACCCCCCACCUCCUCCUCUAAAGGGGGGAGUGUUCAGCGACGGGAGAGGUGACGGCAGGUCCCACCAGGGACAUCCUAGCAGCAGCAGCUCCAGCUCUGGUCAGUCUAAGAGCCACAGGAAGCAGAGUUACCCUCUCCGGGGCAGAUACAGGGGCAGAUGGAGUCCAACUGGCACGCGGCGGCCCUCGCCAGGGCAGAGGGGGCUCAGCCGUACCCCGACCAAAUGGUCGCUAACGGGCCCACCUUUACCAGACCGUCAAGCCAAAGCCCCUCAGAAAGAUGUCCUCUCCACCACACACAGCCUCACACUGCCCCUCAGAAAGAUGUCCUGUCCCUCAAAGCCCCAGACUGCCCCUCAGAAAGAUGUCCUCUCCCUCAAAGCCCCAGACUGCCCCUCAGAAAGAUGUCCUCUCCCCUCAAAGCCCCAGACUGCCCCUCAGAAAGAUGUCCUCUCCCUCAAAGCCCCAGACUGCCCCUCAGAAAGAUGUCCUCUCCCCUCAAAGCCUCAGACUGCCCCUCAGAAAGAUGUCCUCUCCCCUCAAAGCCCCAGACUGCCCCUCAGAAAGAUGUCCUCUCCCCUCAAAGCCCCAGACUGCCCCUCAGAAAGAUGUCCUCUCCCCUCAAAGCCUCAGCCUGCCCCUCAGAAAGAUGUCCUCUCCCCUCAAAGCCCCAGACUGCCCCUCAGAAAGAUGUCCUGUCCCCUCAAAGCCCCAGACUGCCCCUCAGAAAGAUGUCCUCUCCCCUCAAAGCCUCAGCCUGCCCUCAGAAAGAUGUCCUCUCCCCUCAAAGCCCCAGACUGCCCUCAGAAAGAUGUCCUGUCCCCUCAAAGCCCCAGACUGCCCCUCAGAAAGAUGUCCUCUCCCUCAAAGCCUCAGCCUGCCCCUCAGAAAGAUGUCCUCUCCCUCAAAGCAUCAGCCUGCCCCUCAGAAAGAUGUCCUGUCCCCUCAAAGCCCCAGACUGCCCCUCAGAAAGAUGUCCUCUCCCUCAAAGCCCCAGCCUGCCCUCAGAAAGAUGUCCUCUCCCCUCAAAGCCUCACUACAGUCCAGUUCUCGCCAAACAACUGGACAU